GCUAAUUUCGCUCUUGGGCUUGGAUCCAUCAUUAUCCAACAGCUCCAAUUCCAGUUUAGAGCCCGUAUUUUUGCACCGACCCAAAGCCGAGACUACGUUUGACAAGCUUUUCACUCAAGGACCCACGAGCCCUGCCAAAGUGGGACCAAAGAUUUCCGUGGGGCAAGAUUCUUUGGCCACUUCCAGUGAUGAUUUUUGCUCGGCUCAAUCCAAUUUGGAAGUCUCAUCCUCGUCCAACCCCGCUUUGUUUGCUUCUUUGUGUGAUGAAGAAGACGACCAAUUGAAACUCAAGGAAAAUCGGAAGCCCAGGAAAAAAAGUGGCAGUACAAUACGAAAACCGUCUGCGACUUCCAAUCGCGUUCGUCAGGAUCGUUUGUUCUCGGAUGACACUUUUAAUCAUGAAGUGUCUUACAUCAGCCAAUCCCAUACCAGUCCCGUGAAUCGCCAUCCGGACUUUCCGGCGCGGCUUCACCCACGGAUUAGCCUACUAGAAUUACCCCAACGAUCACCUGUGAUUACAUCCACACCCCUGUGUGCCGCCAAAUCGAAGAUCUCUCAUAUCACUUGGAAUGGGCGGAAAUUGAGCGGAGAUUUCGCCGCUCCCGAGCUUCCUUGCAAUAUCCCAACCACUCCAGAAGACCCGACGCAUUCUACCGUGGAACCCAGUGCUCCUGAAUCACCAAGUAAGGUGGACGCCAGUGUGCCCGAAUCGCCGAAAAAGGUGGAACCCGGUGUGCCUGAAUCGCCGGGAAAAAUGGAACUGGCCGGGCUGGUUCGAAAUAUCUCUUCUUUGAAUGUAAGCCCGAAGGAUACGAGACCGACCCGAAAAAUGGUUCGAAAAAUGGUUCGAAUAGGUGGAGUGGCCGGGCUGUCCAUCCUUGACGGUUCCGUAUCCCUGUGCCAGAUUUCGGACCGUGAGAGUGGAGAAUUGGUUCAAGUGCCAGGCGGCAAAAAAUGGCGGAGAACCCUGUUCAUCAAGAAGCGACAGAGUAGUCAAAAAAUUGAUCCAAGCUCUUUGCGACGACACACUCUAGCUAUUUCAAGGCUGGACGGGCAACACGAAAAUAAGCGGGACCCUCACCUUAACUUCUCCCAAGUCCAUGAUGAAGGAAGCGAAGAGCGAUUACCCAAGUCAUCUUUUUGUUUCGAAACCAGCCGUGAUGUUGACAGGGACCUGUCAAUCGUACCCCAACCGGAAUUGUCGACGGUCGACAAAGUUCUUCAACGGUGUAGUCGACCGCAAAUAGUUUCCUUUGACGAACUCUAUCCAGAAGAGGUCUAUCUUCAAUCGAAAAAGGUUGGAGAAGGGUCUUAUGGAGAGGUGUUUCUCCUACCCUCGACGCUUCACACCAAUCCAGAGCUCCCUCCUCCGGUCUUAAAGGUGGUGCCCGUGGAUGGGACGGCUUUGAUCAACGGUGAGCCGCAAACUCUUUUGAAAGACAUGCUCGCUGAGAUUGUGGUAUCCGCAGAGUUGAGUAAAUUGGACGGUCAGGGACUGGCUCCCAGUUUUGUUCAGGUCAUUGAUUGCUUUCUGGUGGAAGGAUGCUACCCGAAGAAGCUCUUAGACUUAUGGGAUGCCUUUGAUGAGGAGAAAGGAAGUGAAAAUGACCGACCCGACUCGGAUCUCCUUCCUCGCGAUCAGAGAUUCGUAACCUUGGUCUUUGGAAAUGGUGGAAAAGAUCUCGAGGCCUCCGAGCUGACAAAUGCUAGUAAAGCCGUAUCCAUUUUCAACCAGGUGCUUCAUGCUUUGGCAGUUGCCGAGCAUGAAAAUCAGUUUGAGCACCGGGAUCUACAUUGGGGCAAUAUUUUAGUAAGGCCCACGGAAGAGAAGUCUUUCACCUAUACCUUGAACUCGGAAUCCCUUGAAGUCAAGUCCGAAAAAAUACAAGCCACCAUUAUCGACUUCAGCUUGAGUCGCUUAACCUCAAAAGAAGACCACGGGACAGUAAUCUUUAACGAUCUGGGCAAAGACCCGGCCCUGUUUAAGGCAUCUGGCGAUUACCAGUUUGAUAUUUACAGAAUGAUGAAGAAUCACGUGAAUGAGAAUUGGGGUGGUUUUCAUCCCAAGACGAACAUUUUCUGGCUACAUUACCUCUUGGACAAACUCAUCAAUGCCGUACCCUACAAAAUGACCAAGAGCAAACUCCAUCGGCAGAGUAUGGCCAAACUCAGAUCACUGUCGGCGCAGAUUCUGGAAUUCGGCUCGGCCCAAGAAUUUGUCUUGCAAUUAUGAGCCUCUUAAUCGGUAAACCAAGCUUCUUUCAAUAAUAAAAGAUGUAUAUUUCAUGAA